AUGAACCCAUGGCUACUUUGGAGCGCCUUGUCGCAUACCGCUAGGUUGUCGACGGCCUUACAGAUCUUGCUUUUCUUGCCAUUGACGCUAGCGACCCUUUCAACGCAAGCUUUUCUCUUGCUUUCGCUUCUGCUCUCCAUCCACUCCCUCAUUCAUGGAACUCUCAUAUUACUCUGGGGAUCCAACGCCCUCUCCAUCAUGCAAGUGCCAAUGCAUCCCUUUCUCCUUCUCGUCACUUUCAAUGCCUUCUCGCAAUCUGCACAACCUUGGCUUGCCACUGCAGUCUACUGGUGGGGAAAACUCCUCACGUUCUGCGGUCCUUCCUACGUGGCCAUGGAGGGUCUUUCAAGUCUACUGUUCGCGCAGAAAGCGGGCCAAAUAGGCAGAGGUAUUGCGGAUGAGGCAGAAAGUUACCAAUUCGUGAUUCUCAUCCUAACAGCAGCUGCAUUCGUUGCAGCUGCGUGGUGGGUCGUCAUCGCAUACCCUGCAGCUGCCGCAUCUCCUUUGUCGUCCACGUUGCUGGGUGUAGCAUUGACAGCAUUCCUGUUCCUCGUUCUUAUCGGUUUCCGGUUACGACGCACCAACGUUGUCGAGGCCUCUCUUCUCGCACUCUUUCUUGCAUAUAACGUGUGGCUCUGCGGGUUUGAUCAAACAUCGUUCUCCGACCCUGCUUCCUCCUAUGCCCCUCUGCUUUCAAAUAUCCUUCCACAUCUACAGACACUUGUAAACUUCAUCACGAAUACCCUCCCCAAGCCUGUACUCGUUGCGCUACUCUAUCGUCUUUCAAUAUUGCAAGUUGCAUCGCGUAUUUUACCUACGAUCGGUGCUGACAACUGGGAGUCGGACCAAGGAGAGAUUGAUGGACGACCGACCUCGAUUAUGACACGCAUCCUUCUAACAUAUAGACAGUUAAUCUUUAUCAUGGUAUACUCGCACCUUCUUCUUCUAGAUCCCUCUUCACAAGUCUGGUGGCGGUGGGCGAACAUCAUGUUUACUCUGUUCCUGUGGGCUGUGGAACUUGUGGUUAGCCCUGAUGGGGACGAUGAUUCGGCAAAGUGGAAGAUCGAUUAG